AUGGAGAACGAAGAUGAGACGUUGCUUGUGGGGCUGGACACGAACGUGGUCGCCUGCGUGCUGGCCCACCUCUCGCCCCCUGACCUCACCCGUGUGGGGCAAACGUGCAGGGCGCUUGAGCGGGAGGCGGCGAGCGACGUGGCGUGGUGCUCGCUCUUCCUGCGCCGCUUUGGGUCCGACUUCUGGGGCGAAGCGGCCGGGCUGCACCCCUACCUGCCCGACGCCGUGGCGCCCGACGCGCGCAACGAGUGGCUCCAGCACCGCGUGAGCGAGCUCUACGCGCUCUUUGCCGCGCGCACGCCCAAGCCCGCCAGCAGCAGCAGCACAGAGGCGUGCGAGGACGACGCCGACGGCUUUGUGCCUCCGCUGCUCGAGUUUGUCAAGCAGCACGCCGCACCCUCCGAAGGCUACGGCGGGUGGAAGCUUGCCUAUCGCCGCAUGCACGAGAUGGUGACGGAGUGGACCCGACCGGCCGACGAGGGGAUCAUCGUGGCUGGUCUGGUGCCCUUCGCCACCCUGUCGGCCCUCGCCGACAUUAUGAAGCUCGAGCUUGGCCUGGGUUUGGGCGACGAGCCCACCAACGGGAAAGAGGACAGUAAACCGCCCUUGGGUCCUGCAUUUGACAUGCUGAGCCCUGGAGGCGAGUGCAGGGUGCUGCGUGUCGAGGGCUACCACAACAUCUACUACUCUUGUAACGGCCAGACGACAACCACCAACAUCAGCGUCAUUCGCAAGCCCAGGAACUGGUACUGUGAAGGGAACCCGUUCUUCCGAGGCCUGCGCACCACCCUCUCGCCGGACGUUAAGAUCGUGUACGUGGUCGACGCCCAGAAGAUGAGCGACAGCGAAGACCACGCCGAGCGCGCCUACCGCGAGUUGCACGGCAUGCUGGGCGAGGGCAAGGGCCGAUUUGAAAAGGGCCUGGCCGUCGUGCUGUUCCUCAUCAACGCCACCGACCCCGACCACGUGCAGAACACCCUGGGGCGGCUCAAGGUUCCGAAGUUCACUGUGCCUCUGCACUGGUGCCCCUACUACGCUGGACCCGUCAUCUUCAUUGCCGCUCCUCUCAAACCGAAAAAGGUGCGGCGGUCGUUGAAGUGGCUCCUCAAGCAGCCCACGUCGCGCCCUCACUGGGACGCCCGGGGCUUCCUCCUGUGCGCCCUCCAAGGGAAAAAGGGCGACUCCUGUCGCUCCUGGUGCGCGAGCUAA